AAAGACACCUGCCCGGGACACUGUCUGACACCUGGCACCUCUGUCUUGCAGGGAGUGGGUACCUGGAAGGCAAGGAGCUGCAGAGCCUGGUCCGGGAGCUCCAGCAGGCGCGGAAGAAGGCGGGGCUGGAGCUAUCAUCUGAGAUGAAAGCUUUUGUGGAGCAGUACGGGCAGAAAGAUGAUGGAAAAAUAGGAAUUGUAGAGCUGGCGCACGUGCUGCCCACAGAAGAGAACUUCCUGCUUCUGUUCAGGUGCCAGCAGCUGAAGUCCUGUGAGGAGUUCAUGAAGACAUGGAGAAAGUAUGACACUGACCACAGUGGCUUCAUAGAGACCGAGGAGCUGAAGAACUUCCUGAAGGACUUGCUGGAGAAAGCAAACAAGGCGGUGGACGAUGCCAAGCUGGCCGAGUACACAGACCUAAUGCUGAAAUUAUUUGAUUCAAAUAAUGACGGGAAGCUGGAGUUAACCGAGAUGGCCCGGCUACUACCAGUGCAGGAGAAUUUUCUUCUUAAAUUUCAGGGCGUCAAAAUGUGUGGGAAAGAGUUCAAUAAAGCUUUCGAGUUAUAUGACCAGGACGGCAAUGGCUACAUCGACGAACACGAGCUCGACGCUCUGCUGCGGGACCUGUGCGAGAAGAACAAGCAGGACCUGGACAUUAACAACAUCCCCAACUACAAGAAGAGCAUCAUGGCCUUGUCGGAUGGGGGGUGCAAGGUCACUGGUUAA